AUGUCGCCAGUCGACGACACAUUCCUUUCGGCAGCUGUGGAUGACUCGGUAAGACUAUGGGAUCUGCGCUCUCCCGCGGCACAGGGCAACCUUCGUGUGCAAGGGCAUCCAGUUGUCGCCUAUGAUCCGUCUGGCCUCGUCUUUGGCAUCGCAUUGAACGAACGCUCGUCUAUACUCCUCUAUGACCUGCGCAAAUUCGACCAGAAUCCGUUUGCGACCAUCACCAUUGACGAUACAGCAGCCUUAUCGCAAAUGAUGAUGCCCCCCCGUAUUCCCGUCAUUACGUAUCUCAGCUUUAAUCAGACAGGUCAGUAUUUGCUGGCCGGCACGUCUGGUGAUGUGCACUAUAUUGUCGAUACCUUUUCUGGCAAACUCAUUUACCGCCUUACUGGCCAUGUUGGACUGGAACGUGCUGAUGGCGCCUCAGUGGGCCUUGUUCCGAAGGCGGGCAUCAGCGGUCAGGAGCUGUGUUGGACUCCUGAUGGGCGGAUGAUCGUGGGUGGUUCGGCGGCUGGACAAGUUCAUGUUUGGGCCUUGCCAGAUCAGCCGCCAGCAACACCGCCUGUCACGCUUCAUUCAACUACGACACUACAAGGUCAAGAAGGAACGCCUCGCGUCGUAGCGUUUAACCCACGCUGCGCGCACUUGUGCACGGCUGGAACCCAGGUCGCAUUUUGGCUACCAGAUUUGUCGUGA